AUGCUGCAGUCUCCGGCAAAGAGACGAAAGGUCGAUCCGAGUCUGUCGCAGCCAACGAGUGCCACCUCGGCAGCCAACGCACAGCCAACGACUCCUACAAGAGCCUCCUACCGCUCUCCCACCAAAAGUUCCUUGGCACGUUCCCAUCCGCACCUCAUCACUCGAUCUGCCCGCCGCUCAGCCACCGAACCAAGGGGAAGGCUCUUGAGAGACGAAAUCCUGGGAAGGCAUGAGCAUGUUCCCGAUCCGCCCAAGACGGUGUCCCAGGUUCCUCGCCAGAAGAGCCUCGACGGUGCACCCGACCCAUCUACCACCCAAGCGAACGAAAACCUGUCGGCUCCAGAUUCCACUGCGUCGCUGAAGGAGGCCGCGACUACAAGAGCAGACCAAGUCAUCGACAAUGAGCGCCCGGCGCUGAAAGAGCGGCAGCCCGCACAACAUCCGGCCUGGGAGAGAUCGGCAUCUAGUGAAGAGGCUGCUCCACCAUCAAUCCUGCCCAAGCUGGUCACUAGAAAAGACACGGAUGCUAGACCUGUUGCGCGAGGCGUGAGCGGUGAACCCAAGCUACCUCCCACGCCUGUUGAGCUAGGUCUGAGCCCUGCACCUGAACGACCUCGUGGUUUGGCAUCCAGCAGCAGCCCAAGGAGCUCGAAGAUGAGUGGCAGAUCAAGCAGAUGGAGAGAUGAAUCACGGAUGCCCCUCACUAGCAGUCCUCUCAAGCCUAGAGCCCCUCCAAUUGAUGAAGCCUCCGAUGGACAGAGCGUCAGUGGGCAGGACGAUGCGCAGGAAGCACCAGAAAGUGAGCUUGAAGAGGCACAAGAAGACAUCGAGGCACCUUCUGAACCAGGUGGAGAACAAGCAUCGAUCCUGGAGACGCUGAGAGGGAAAUUACAACAAUUACAAGGGGAGAACGAGAAACUGCAGGCAGCUCUUGUUGAUGACAAGAAUGUGAGCGAGGAAACUGUUUCUAUGCUACAGCAAUCACUCUUGGAGGACAGAUCUCUCCGAGGCCUCGGGUCUACUGAUGGCGGCGGCGCGAUGUCCGCUCACUUAUCGUUGUUUGCACCUGCUAACCUACAACUGACUGCUCACGCGGAGACCAAGGCAAUCAGAGAUCGUACGAAGAUUGUCCACUUGUUGAAAAUUGAAGCACCACCCCCAUGGCUCCCAGAUGCACUCUCUUGCGCUUUUGAAGUGGUCGUUGAUGCGGAAAACGUCCAGGUCGAACACAUUGAACUGAAGGAUGUAAUGAGCAGAGCGCGCCGUACCAAGACAACGAAAGCCGAGAUCUUCAGAUGGGUUUACGACCGUCUGGAGCAUCCUUUACACCGGCUUGAUGUCGGUGGGCUGAUCUGGGGAAUCGGGCGAUGGUUCAAUGCUGCAAUUGAACGUGCCAAAGUAUUCCAGUGGCUGGAUAUCAAAUACAACAGCUCUUUGUCCGAUGAUGAGCAUCAGAUCGAAGAAGAAAAGGAUCAACAGCUGACUCAGAACAAGGCUAUUGAACUGGCACGCUACUUGGAUAUGACGCAGAAUGUGGCAGUCGAAGCUGAAAUGAAUACUACAGCAGGCGGCAAGAAAUUCAGAAGGAAGGUCAUGCUCUCAUGGGCCAUCAAUAUGGACUGGGCUGGCGGACCUACUUCUGACAUCCAGAUUUCUGUCAGUGGGAUUCCCCAGAAAGCAGAACCUGGAUUGAGGACGGUCUUCUGCAGCUUGAUCCCAACGCUUGGUGUCAAGGGAGCAUUCGAGAACAUUUGGACAUUGAUCCAUGGAGACAGCGACGAAUUCAAAUUUACCAGUACGCUGAAGGGCAAGAAAAAGGCGUGA